AUGAACCAAUCCACAGCUCAAAUGAUUAACGCUCAACCACAAAAUAAUAAUGGCCAGUUGCAAAGGCCUCAGAAUAUGGGUGGUCCACAAAAUGGCAGUGGCCAAUUUCAAGGAGCUUUAAAUAUACGUAUUGGUAGGAAUGCACAUAUAGAUCUAGCUGGAGGCACAGCAUUCACUAGAACACAAGAUAUAGAAAAUCCACAACUACAGAGAAUCCAAUCUUUAAUGUUAGG